AUGGAUUAUUCAGAAAAUGUUCCCUCUAAUGAUCAAGACGAAAAUUCCACCACUGUUGCACCACCACAUCCUCUCACUACCUACUUGACAAGAGAUCAAGAGCAUGAGAUCAUGGUCUCUGCUUUGCGACAAGUGAUAUCCAACUCAGGAGGUGACACGUCAUCAUCAAAUCUGAUCGCUGGCCAAGUUCUUCCGCCGUCGGACGCUGGUCCUUGUCCUCUCUGCGGCGUUACCGGUUGCUACGGCUGCGCAUUUCAACGGCGGCGGCAUGAAGAGUUGAAGGAGGAGAAGAAAUACAAAGGAGUGAGGAGGAAACCGUCGGGUAAAUGGUCGGCGGAGAUAUGGGAUCCGGUUUUGAAAGAAAGGAGGUGGCUUGGAACGUUUCCGACUGCGGAGAUAGCUGCACGUGCUUACGACGAGGCUGCAGCUGAGUUUGUCGGGAGAAUGUCAGCGAGACGUGGCACAAUGAACGGAGAAGGAAUUAAGCGGCGGCGGAGAUGA